UGUGUAGUUGUAAUUUUUUUCCACUUUUUCGAAUAUUCAAAAUUGUUGAUGAAAUAAAAUUAAAACACAAAAGUUUUGAUUUGAAGUUAUGUGAUGGUCUUUUUUCAGAAAAGUAGAGUAGUUUGAAUUAUAUAAAAAUGAGGAGAUGAGGUACAAAAUGUUAAUUUUCGCUAAGUUCAAAUUAUUAUUCAAUUUUAAAAGCGAUUGCUGUUUUCUGAUAUUGAACUUUUAUAUGUAUUUAUGGAAGAUAGCACGUGUGUGGUAUAUGUUUCAAGAUAGAGAUUGUAAAAAAAAAUCGAAUUUAAUUUUAUUUAAUUAACUUGUUCAAUUUUCUUAGUUUUUUUCUUAUAGCCAAGUAGUGGGUAAUGAUCCUGUACCAUUUCCUCAGCGAGGAGAUUGUGAAAGAAAUAAACAAUCAUGUGAUUUUGGAACGUAUAUUACGACUGGAGUAUUACAAUCUUACCAAACGAGUAUCGGUUCAAGUAAAAACGCCUCUAGCGAUAUUAGGUUUCUCAGAACGGUUAGCGUUGCAAAUGGGUUAUAGACCAGAUCAAAAUAUUACACAGGAUCCUUUGUCAUUACACCCUGCAAGUAUAUGGAUAGGUUUACCGUCGCAAAUGUUUAUCUACAGUGAUAUUGUUGAACCGCAAAUUGUCGGCGAUGUUUUAUCACCACUGAUGAGAAUAGUUAACAUAACAUCUGAAAAUUACAGUUACGGUAAUCAUAAGGAGGUUGUAUUUUCGCCGACACAUUACAUGCCCGUGAUGAUAAAAGAAUUUGAGAAUAUUGAGAUAAAUAUAAGAACCGAUACAGGGACUUAUAUGCCAUUCGAAAUUGGUACCUUGAGCGUAAAGUUGCAUUUCAAGAAAAUUAAAUGGGGUGUCCCUAUCAACAAUAUUAUGUAAAUCAGGCCGGUACGGGCAUCGGUACGAUUUACAGAGGUUCACCGUACCAGAGAGGUCACGGAAUUGGUAGCUGGCUGGGCGGUGUGUUUAGAAGUAUAUUACCGCUGUUUAAGUCGGGAAUACGGGCUGUAGGAAAAGAAGCUUUAAGAACGGGCACUAACGUUUUAGGUGAUAUAAUUGAAGAUAAACCGAUCAAGGAAUCGUUUCAGGAAAGAAUUCACGAAGCAGGGAGAAAUCUUAAGAGGAAAGCCGACGAAAAAAUUGAUACUCUAAUGCAGGGAUCUGGAUAUAAGAGACCACACAUAGUCUCUUACGGUCAGUUCAGUCCCGCAGAGCCUAAGAAGACGAGGAAGAAGACUUCAACGGUGAAAAAAGGAAAGCCUGUGCAAAGAAAAACUAAAUUUAGUGACAUAUUCUCAUCAAAACAAUAGUAAAUAUGGCUUUCCUGCACGCCCAGUCAUGCGAAUGCAUUAAAUCGGAGUUGGACUUAUUCGCACUCCCCGCAACCCAAACAAGCAUCGAAGGUGGUGAAUGGAUAUUUUACAAGCCUUUAUCUUCACUAACAGAUGACGCCCCAAUAGAAUUUGUAGUACCCGGAAACGGUAAUGAUUAUUUGGAUCUAAGUCAUACUAUGCUAUAUAUAACAGCAAAAAUUGUAAAACAAGACGACUCGGUAUUAGGGGAUGCGGAUAUUGUCGCACCCGUCAAUAAUUGGUUACAUUCGCUGUAUAGUCAGGUGGAAAUCUAUUUGAAUCAAAAACUAGUAUCGCCAUCAAACAAUACCUAUGCAUAUCGCGCAUAUAUCGAAACCGUACUAAAUUAUGGAUCCGAAGCUAAGUCAACACAUCUUGGCUGCUCAUUAUGGCACAGCGAUACAGCGAAACAGAUGGAUACUUUAACGGCUGAUAAUAAAGGUUUCGCAAGUCGUCAGGCAUUCACAAAACUAAGCAACACUGUUGAAAUGAUGGGACACAUCCAUUCGGAUUUGUUUAAUCAAGAGAAGUUUCUAAUCAACGGUGUUGAGAUGAAAGUUAAAUUUGUACGAUCAAGAGACUCAUUUAGUUUGAUGGCUGUAGCUGGAUCAACAUAUAAAGUUAAAAUUACCGAUGCAAACCUAUUGAUACGCAGAAUGAAGAUUAAUCCUACAAUACUUCUAGCCCACGCCGAAGCAUUAGAAACAUCACCAGCUAAAUAUCCAGUUACCAGAACAGACGUAAAAGUUAUAACAAUUCCUUCAGGUCUACAACGCAAAUCAUUGGAUAACAUAUAUCUUGGACAGCUCCCGAAACGAUGCAUAAUAGGCUUCGUUUCAAAUAAAGCAUUUAACGGCGAUUACGCUUCGAAUCCGUACAAUUUCCAAAACUACAAAAUCAACUAUAUGUCACUGUAUAUCGAUGGACAACAAAUUCCUUCAAAGCCUCUACAACCUACAUUCAGUCAGACUCAGGAUGGUCUUUAUGUGCGCGCAUACCACACUUUAUUUUCGGGCAGCGGUAUUCAUUUUUUGAAUGAAGGUAAUAACAUUUCGCGACUUGAUUAUCCACACGGUUAUUGUUUGAUGGCCUUUGAUCUCACUCCCGACUUGGCGGCAAAUGCAAGCACACACUGGAAUCUAGUAAGAAAUGGUUCAUUGCGAAUAGAGGUGGGCUUCCAAGAUGCACUAACCGAGACUGUCAAUUGUCUCGUUUACGCCGAAUUUGAUAACGUAAUUGAAAUUGAUAAGCAUAGAAAUGUCAUCGCCGAUUUCAAUAGUUAGUUUUUCAAGAGAACUUGUUCAGAUAUGACCGGUAAAGUUGCAUUUAUCGACGUACAAGGGUUUCGUGGAAAUAACGAGCAGUUUAUUCCAAAAGAAUUUGCUGCUGUUACGGAAGAUGGUAAUAUCGCCACUUUACUAAUCAAACCACCGGCCAAAUACUCAACUUUAUCAUCGGCUGCAAGAAAAACAGCAAAUUAUCUUGAAAAAUGUCACCACGGGUUGCGUUGGAGUUCGGGCUUCGUACCUUUUCAAGAUUUCGAACGAGAAGUUGUACGUCUAUUGGAUUCGUACAAUACGUUCUACGUAAAAGGUUUAGAAAAGUGCAAUAUAUUUAGGUUUCUAAACAAACCAGUCGUGAAUUUAGAGGAAAACGGUUGUCCAUCUCUGAAACAAUUGAAAAAAGAAGCUCAAGCUUAUCGCUGUCUACAUCAUAAUAAUAUUGAGGAACCGGUGUGCGCCUUAGAAAAUUCUUUACUUCUGCAAGAUUGGAUGCAAUCAAAUUCUCGAGAUGAAUGCGGUACAGGUGCUGAAAAAUUUGAAAUUGAUACCGUAUGUGAAGAAGAAGAAGAGUGUAUAUCGAGUUGUAUGUGCUGCUGACCGAUUACCGAAACACGCUCCUAGACCUUGCGCGAUUAUAGUAAACACGGAUCCAGCUCAUCGUCCCGGCGAACAUUGGAUAGCCAUCUACAUUGACGAGAAUGGCAUUGGAGAAUAUUUCGAUUCAUUUGGACGAUCACCGCAAAACUAUUACUAUCAUUUGAAAUUUAUAGAGAACAAUUCUGUAUACUUUCGAUACAACGACAUCGUGCUUCAAGAUUUUCAUUCGGAUGUGUGUGGUCUUUACUGUUUAAUGUACCUUUACUUUAGAGCUUAUAAUAUGUUAAUGAGGGAUUUUGUAGAUAUUUUCACUACACGUUUAAUUCAAAACGAUGAAAUAAUUAAGUAUUUAUUUUAUACUUGUUUUUGUAUGACUACAUUUCAUUAAUCAAUAAAAUCUUUUUCCUGAUAAAACAUCUUCAUUUGACUUGGGGCGACUACACAAGAAGGAUCCCAAUCGUAACUUCGAACUGGUAAACAAUGCUACGACAAGUUCAUAGUCCAAGG